GGGGGGGGCACAUUAUCUACCUGGCCCGGGCCUCUGCCUGGCUCUGCAAGGCCCUGGGUGUCAGGUCCGCUGCGGAUAAUCGAGGGGAUUUACUUCUACAGAAACGUGCAUAGGAGGGAGGAGGCUGGGGGUGGGGCUGCAGUGCGAUGUUCUGUCUCCCCAACAACCUGGAGCAGGCGUGCCAGCUUGGCACCGCGACCGUGGGUGCCAUGCAGCGUGCAUGGCCCUGGCACCGACAUUGGUGGGUGUCCCGGCCCAUCCACGGGGAAUUUUGUGGGUGCUCAGGCACCCCAGGGUGUUGGCACUAUGACAUGGAGGGCGGUGGACCGGACAGGGCGCCUGGGAUCCCACUCACCCUCCCCUCCUGCCCGCCAGAGCAUCUUUGCAGAGCAGCCUGGGCGGGGUGGUUCCCUUUCCCAGACGACGGGGCUGCAAUGCGGGGCUCUGGGCCGCAUCCAAGAGAGGAGGAGCCUCCUGCUGCUGCUGCUGCCCUCCUCCCCCCUCCAGUUCGCGACUUGGGGGCCUAUAAAGCGGCAUCUCCGAAGGCGGCGCCUUCUUCCCCCGCCGAGAACUUCGCGGCUCCGUCCCAGCCUCGACGCCGCCUCUUCUCCUUCUCCUCCAUCUCUCUCCAGGCCCAGCCGCUGCGCCAUGAGCCACCAUCACCACUCCGGCGCCAUCCGCGCCACCUCGUACCGCCGCACUUUCGGGCCGCCGCCCAUGCUGUCCCCGCUGUCGUACUCCUCGUCCCGCCUGGCCUCGUCCUCUUCGGCCACGCGGCUGCUGAGCACGCCCUCGACGGCGGCAUCCAUGCGCUCCUACCGGGCCAGUGGCGGCGGUGGCGCGGUGACCUUCCGAUCCUCCAGCGCGCCGGCACCGCGCUACUCCUACGGGGCGGCCGAGAAACUGGACUUCUCGGUAGCCGAGGCGCUGAACCAGGAGUUCCUGGCCACGCGGAGCAACGAGAAGCAGGAGCUGCAGGAGCUCAACGACCGCUUCGCCAGCUUCAUCGAGAAAGUGCGCUACCUGGAGACGCAGAACGCGGCGCUGCUGGCCGAGCUGGGCCACGCGCGCUCCAAGGAGCCCACGCGCGCCGCCGACCUCUUCCAAGACGAGCUCCGCGAGCUGCGCAGGCAGGUGGACGCGCUGGGCAAGGAUCGCGACCGCCUGCAGGUCGAGAGGGACAACAUGGCCGAGGAUCUGGCCGCCCUCAAGCAGAGGUGAGGCGCCGGGGUGGGGGCGGGGGCGUGCCAGGACGCCGGGGUCCUCCUCGGAAGAUGGAGGGGGCAAGCCGGGCCACAUCCUGUGCGGAAAACGGAACUUCAGCCUUGUGCGCUGUUUUAAGUUGCUGGGGCGGGGCGGGAGGGGUUAAUCGCGGCAGGCGCCCCCCCCCCCCGGAUUCCUGGGUUCUCCUUUGGGUGGUGGGAGGGUCUCCUGAGAAAGAUGAAGCAAAAGACAAGCCAGAACUCAAUUGGAGUCAGCCCCCGCAAAGGGAUCCUUCUGGGUAGAUGAAGAUGAAGUCAGCCCGGCCCCCAAACGCAUCAUUUGGAGUAGAUGAAGAUGGUUGCCUCUGAUCUCGUGCAGAGUCCCAUUUCCCACUCCCUCAAUAUUCAGAAAUCUUUGCUAACUCUCUCUGCUUGGAAAUAGGGAAGAGGUAGCGUCGCACUCUGAUGGCACUUCUCCCUCCGAAGAUAGCAAGACUUUUAAUUGGUGGCAGCGCCAGAGAGGCACAAUUCCAGGUCCUCUUGCAAAAGGGCAGGGUUAGGGACUCGGACUGAAAUAAUAGCCACCCCUGUCCUGCCUCCAAGUCAGCAGAGUCCAUUGAUGCAGCCUAGCGAUAUGUGGGUUAAGUAAGGAAGGUUCAGAAAGUGAUGGUUUUAGACUGUGCACUUAACUGCCCAGGCUCUUUGGGUGGGAAUACGUAUUAUACUUAAUUUGCUUCAAAAUGUGGCAUGCCAGCUCUGUUGCAUUUGGGGAACUUGCUCAUUCUGUAAGUGUCCUUCUACACCCCAAAGUCCUGAGGGGUGGCAUGACUGCGUAGCAGUGGGCCUUUCCGGGAUCCAGACAUUUCUUCCUUAGUUUCCAGCUCAAAAGCAAAGCAGCAAAAAUGGGAAACGGCAUUAUAUAACACCUUGUGGGGAAGGACAGUGCAUCAGCUGUAGAGCAGUUGCUUUGAAUGUAGAAGGUCCCAGGUUCGUUCUCCUGCAUCUCCUGGUAGGACCAAGGGAGACCCUGGUCUGAGACCCUGUAGGGUCUCUUCUUGUUGGUGCAGGCAAUACCUCACUAAAUGGACCAAUGGCCAGCUUCCUAGGUUCCUGAUAUGAUUGAUAAACAAAUGGGAACCAACUAAAUCUAUACAAUUCUUUCUUUAAUCCACUCAUUAUAUUCCAACUGCAUGCAUUACAAAUGAUGAAUCACUGCCCUGCAAUCAGAGCACCUUUUCUUAUUUUAUUUUAUUAGCCUUAGGCAGUGAUGGGGGAAUGUGCUGGAUUGUGCUGGGAGCUUAUUCUCAAUCCUAAAAGAGGGAUUAAAGUUGCACCCCGGUAAACCUGGGAUCCAGUGUUCCUGGGCUGUAUACCCACUGCUGCAUAAGAGUCUGGGACAAGACAACAAUUAAGGCCGCAAUCAUAACCUGGAAGUAAGCCCUGAUGAGUUCAAUAGGACUUCCUUCUGAAAAUACAUGGUUAGGCUUGUGCAUGGAAUCCUAUGCACACUGAGAACCGGACAUCCUGGGACUUGCUUUUGAGUAAGUGUGUUAGGAUUUUUCUGCACUGACGGUGUAGGUCUGGGAGACUCGGAGGCAUUGAAUUUGAACUUUGAUGACUUGCAGAAGGAAGAGUUGCAAGCCAGGAAUUCUGCACUUUGGAAAGGUUUGCUAGAAUCUUUUCGUUUUGGUUCCGCCUCCCGAUGGAGAUUGUGGAAAGAUGGUUGAUUGGAAACUGUUCCAUCCAGAACUGUGUGGGGGAUAAAUUAAAAAAACAAACAAACAGCCACAAUAAAAAGAUGUCUUGGGAGAUAUAGGGAUUCUAGGAAGGUUGAUACACACAGAAAAUAAGUAAGACUGGUCCUUGAGAUGUGUCAGCGGGGUGGGAAGGGUGUGGUGGGGAAUAAUUCUCCACUAAUGGGAUGAGUCCAACUUGGCAGGAGGAUGCGGCAGCUAGACUGGUGACUGGGAGUGGCUGUUGAGACCAUAUAAUACCAGUCCUGAAAGACCUAAAUUGGCUCCCAGUACGUUUCAGAGCACAAUUGGUGCUGAUCUCGUCCCAGUAUACCUGAAGGAGUGUCUCCACCCCCAUCGUUCAGCCCGGACACCGAGGUCCAGCUCCAAGGGUUUUCUGGCGGUUCCCUCACUGCGAGAAUCAAGGUGACAGGGAACCAGACAGAGGGCCUUCUCAGUAGUGGCACCCACCCUGUAGAACGCCCUCCCACCAGAUUUUAAGGAAAUAAACAACUACCUGACUUUUAGAAGACAUCUGAAGGCAACCCUGUUCAGGGAAGUUUUUAAAGUUUGAUGUUUUAUCGUGUUUUUAAUAUUCUGUUGUGAGCCGUCCAGAGUGGCUGGAGAAACCCAGCCAGAUGGGUGGGGUAUAGAUAAAUUAUUAUUAUUAUUAUUAGUGACAAAGGGCAAUAAAGCAAGGGAUGCAGGAGCAAAGAAGAGCUGUCUCCAUGCAGUGUGGGACCGUGGGUAUAUGUACCUGAAAACAGGAAGGCGAUGGUGGAGAGUGGCAGGGAGGAGAUGAACUUCUGUCCCUUUGUGUCAUCCAUGAGAUGUCUGGAUGGGGCAGGGUGCAAGGAGAUGGCUAUUUCUGGUACUUGGUAGAGGGGGAGCAGUGGGGUGUGGUGAGAGAGCUUCCGCCACAGCAAUAACGCCCUUAGCCAGAGAGCUCUCUAUUCCAGGGGCAGUAUGAUGAGGACAGGGGGAAUCCCUGUGAGCUGGCAAGGAAUUGUGUGAGGUGGGUAGCCAGUGUGGGUGGGGUAGCAGCAGCCUCCUUAAAGGGGGGCAUGUGGUGCGCAUGGAGUCCCAUGCUGCACACGCAAGAGGGGUUCCUCCCAGGGCAUUGCAACUUCCAUGCGCACAUCACUGUGCUGAAAAGCAAAAGCAAGCAAAGCCACAGCCUCGAGACUGCAUUCCCCAUGGCACCGUGGGGUGGGGUUUGAAUUUCUGCAUCCUGGCAUCGCUCAUGCUGUGGCAGAUGGGGCAGGGUGGGGGUGGGCUAUUUGGGAAGAAGAGAAGGGGGUGGAUAAGGCGUGCGCAAGGAGCAGAAGCCUGGGAGAGAGGUGGGGUGUGGUCCCCUUCAGCCAUGCAGAGUGACGUGGGACUUGCCAUGUUCUCCAGUCUCCCUGCCCUAAUAGUGCCAUCUGUCUCCUGCGUCAGCUCAGGGACUAUGGGAGAUGGUGGCGUUGGUGUUGCGGGGUGGAGUGGAGAAUACAUCAUUGGGGAAGGGUGUGGCCAAAUGACAGCAUCUGUCUGUGUCUUGAAAAACCAUCCCUUCCCAAGGAGGAGAAGGAGAAUGCAACUUGAAUAAACAUGGAAUGGCCAAAAGCUUCUGAUGCCAAUGCAAAGCAUUUCUGGAACGGUCUCAAUUUCACUUGAUCUCCAUCUCCACCUCUAACCAAAUGUUCCUUAUUCCUGAUACUUCUCAGUGACUUUCCCCUACUCUUCCUGCACUGGCUAUCUGCUUUAGGUAAGCCCUGUGGGUGUUACCAGCACAGGGUCGACCGAUGUCAGGGGGCUGGAGAAGUCUGUUUGGCAUUGUGUUCUUGUGAUGUAGGGGUGUGGCGGAUGGCAGCAAGGGGGCGUAGAAGCAGGAACUCCUGGGUGCAGCUCAUUUGACUGGUUCUUGCAUCCUGCUUUGCCUAUAAAAGCAGAGUCCAGAGCGUGUUGUUGUUGUUUAGUCGUUUAGUCGUGUCCGACUCUUCAUGACCCCCUGGACCAGAGCACGCCAGGCACUCCUGUCUUCCACUGCCUCCCACAGUUUGGUCAAACUCAUGCUGGUAGCUUCGAGAACACUGUCCAACCAUCUCAUCCUCUGUCGUCCCCUUCUCCUUGUGCCUUCCAUCUUUCCCGACAUCAGGGUCUUUUCCAGGGAGUCUUCUCUUCUCAUGAGGUGGCCAAAGUAUUGGAGUCUCAGCUUCAGGAUCUGUCCUUCCAGUGAGCACUCAGGGCUGAUUUCCUUCAGAAUGGAUCGGUUUGAUCUUCUUGCAGUCCAUGGGACUCUCAAGAGUCUCCUCCAGCACCAUAAUUCAAAAGCAUCAAUUAUUCAGCAAUCAGCCUUCUUUAUGGUCCAGCUCUCACUUCCAUACAUCACUACUGGGAAAACCAUAGCUUUAACUAUACGGACCUUUGUUGGCAAGGUGAUGUCACUGCUUUUUAAGAUGCUGUCCAGAGUGUAGGGAGGAAUAAAAAAUAGACUGCUUCUGGAAUAAGGAAAAGGAUGUCGGGAGUUUAUGCAGCAGAGCAGAAGUGUGACCAAAGUGGGGAGUGUCACCCGGGGGAAGAUGACAAACUAUGGAGUUAGCCCUAUUAUUAGCUCUUUGCUGUUCUUUGUCCUCUACAGGCUGGAUGAGGAGAUGCACAAGCGCGAAGAUGCUGAAGGGAACUUGGUUUUGUUCCGCAAGGUAAGUGGGGCUCUAGGCGGGGCAGGCUAGCCCACUUACCCUUGAGUAACUGUAGGGUCCCAGCACACUCUGCUGUUUGCAUACUGCCGCACGUAUUAGCUCCUGCACUCCUACAUGGGUGAAGGGUCCUUGAACAGUAAAGGCACAAGCCAAGUUCUUGAAAGCAGCUUUGGGCAGCUGUGGCUGCUGUCCGUGGUGCUGAACUGAAGCACCCUGUUCUCUCCCCCUCAGCCCACCAUCGCAGCCUGGCGGAUGAGGCUGGGAUUACCUUGUUUGCUUUUCCCGAUCCUUCUCUGACCCAUAUGUAUUUUACGUUAAAAUGGAAAGGGGCUUGCUGCGGUUCUGAUCAUGGCUCGUUUCUCCUCCCUGGUUUGGUAGGAUGUGGAUGAUGCCACCCUCUCGCGCCUGGAGCUGGAACGCAAGAUUGAAUCCCUCAUGGAUGAAAUUGAAUUCCUUAAGAAACUACAUGAAGAGGUAUGGGAAAUAACGGGGGUGGCCUUUGAGUGGAGGGCAGAUUUGAAACUUCCUUUUCUCUCUCUCUCUUUUAGUUUUUUAUUUAUAUUUUCAAAUUUAUACAUUUCAACAGUUUUCCAAUCAAUUUGACAUUUCAAAAUUUGACUUCCCCUCUUUCUGCGAUUCCUUGAAUUCAUUUUUUUCUAUCUUAUGCAUCUCCAAAUUCAUUUAACUUACUCAUUUCUUUAUCUACUAUAGAUAAAUACUCUUAUAAAACUGCAGAUUAUGACAUUAAUCCCGCUAAUAUUUUUAUCUGUUUACAAUUUAUCUGUAAAUAUUCAAUAAACCAUUUCCAUUCUUUUAUGAAAAGUUUGUUAUCUUGAUUUCUUAUUCUUCCGGUGAGUUUUGCCAUUUCUGCAUAUUCCAUAAGUUUUUGCAUCCAUUCUUCCUUUGCUGGGACUUCUGCUUCUUUCCACUUUUGGGAAAGUAACAUUCUUGCCGCUGUAGUCGCAUACAUAAAUAAAUUUCUAUACAAUUUAGGUAGUUCUGUCCCUAUAAUUCCCAAGAGAAAAGCUUCUGGGUUUUUUUGGUUUUUUUUUUACAAAUGUUAAUUUAAACAUCCUUUUCGAUUCAUUAUAUAUCAUUUCCCAGUAAGCUUCAACCUUACUACAACUAGUUCAUUGACUGGCUUACAUAGAGGCAUUUGAGAGAGCAGCUGAACCCUAUACAACUGGACAGGUGUGUCAUUUGUACUGACGGCAGCAGCUGCUGCUUCCACUGAGGGCAGAAGACUGGGCUCAAACCUUAUCUGUACAUGCCUCGCAACAGAAAAUAGGUUUUAUCCCAAACUCAUGGCUUGCUCCUGAGGAUGGUGGCAGCCUUGGGAGACAGGUAAGGGGCGGCAGGAGAAGCAGCAGAAGUGGGCAUGGGGUAGGGGAAGAUUUUGUGCACGGGCUUCAUGGGGAUCCCAUUUAGAGUCCUUUAACAUUUCUGAUGUUCCGAGGUUCUUGCAGAAGCCAUUUUGCUUGUGCGCCAUCUGGUGGUAAACAGCAGAAGUGCAGUUGCAUCCCCAGCCCCACCCUUGGGUGCAUGAGCAGGAUAGCUUGUAUCCAGAGUUAUGAAUAAUAAUAGUAAUAAUAAUAAUAAUAAUAACAACAACAACAACAACAACAACAACAACAACAACAACAACAACAACAACAACAACUUAUUACUUACACUCCGCCCAUCUGGCAGAGUUUCCCCAGCCACUCUGGGCUGCUCCCAACAGAAUAUUAAAAACACGAUAAAACAUCAAACAUUACAAACUUCCCUGAACAGGGCUGCCUUCAGAUGUCAUCUAAAAGUCUGGUAGUUGCUUAUUUCCUUGACAUCUGAUAGGAGGGCGUUCCACAGGGCGGGCACCACUACCAAGAAGGCCCUCUGCUUGGUUCCCUGUAGCUUUGCUUCUCACAGUGAGGGAACCGCCAGAAGGCCCUCAGCGCAGGACCUCAGUGUGCAGGUAGAACAAUGGGGGUGGGGACGCUCCUUCAGGUAUGUAGAUUUGCAGGACUGAUGCAGCUGAGAAACCCUUGCAUGCAGCAGAUAGUCACUUGCUUCUUCUUCUUCUUUGUCUAGCAGUGAAUAACAGAGAUACAGUUGCACCCAUGACCCCACUCUGUAACUAUGUAACUGUGCUGUAUAUGGGAAUUUUGUACUAAUGUGUCCAUCUAUCAUUCAAGACUGUGAUACUUGAUGCUUUAAAUUUUGGAUUCUUUCAUUUUCUUUCCUUUUGUUAUGUUUUCACUUUUUUUUGUUAACAAGCCAAUAAAAUAAAAAGUGGAAGAAAAACAAGACAAAACUGAUGCCCCCCCCCCCGUGCUGUGGGGCAUGGUAUAGGGUAUGCACAUAGCGUAUUCGCCAACUUCAAAGUAUUUUAUUCCACGCACAGAUACCAUAACGUAAGAAUACCAUAACAUAUAUCUUAUAAUAGGAACAUUACCCCAAAUCAGUUUUCUACAAGCUCAUUGCCCAAAUAAAUUCCUGUUUGAAUCAAGUCAGUCCACGCAUUUCCUCUAUGCCAGUACGUGACCUCCUCACCUGUUUCCUCCAGUAUUCUGCCACAUACAAGCACGCUUUCUCCCCAAAUCUUCAUGCAAACACACAUGAAGCUAUUCCAGCAGCUGGAAUAAAACAGUGCCAAAGUUUGGUAACCCUCAGUGAGACAGAAAGAAAGAAAGACACACACACACACACACACUCACACACAGAGAGGGAGGGAGGGAGGGAGGGAGGGAGACUGACAGACAGACAGACACAGAGACACAGAGAGAAUAAAUUGGUUUUUUCCUCCAGCCAUUCCCAGCAUCCCCUCUUACCCCUGAACUCCCCCAAUGAUUUGGGGGAAAGCUUAGGACUGCCUAACAUCUUACAGGCAGCGUAAGAAGAAAACAAGGUAGUUCUGAUUAGUCCUUUUCCUUAUGCAAAAAAGAAAAGAAAAGAAGCAAAAUCGAAUGGCAGAUUUCUCCCGCCUCUGAUGUGCCACACCUAUAGAUUAAUAGCCAGAUCCUGUUGCCUAACUGCUAUCCUUGACCAAAUUUCUGUGCUGUUUUAAAAAAGUUGUUUUGCUCAAUCUAGCGUACGUAUCCCAUUUCCGCUUUAUAUUUCUUUCAUGCCAUGUAUUAAUGCUGUUCAUCGCUUUGGGGGCUCGGGGGGCCAAAAGUGGUAUAUAAAUGAGACAGAAACCGAGAAGCAUACUUUCUCUGCCACGUAGUCUCACGUUAGGGAGUCUAUGUAUAAUGGGGCUGCAUCUCCUUGUGGCUGUGCUCCUCUGCAUUUGUGCUCUCUCUUUUUGUAGUAUCUCCUCUUACAAUCUCUCUGCGUGUGAUUUGUCAUGUCUGUGUUCCUUUGCAUCUUUGUAUCUUUGUCCCCAUCGAUGUCUCGGCGCGUGCAGGAGCUGAACGACAUGCAGGUGAGCAUGCACAGCCAGCAGCAGGUGCAAGUGGAGGUGGAGCAGGCCAAGCCGGACCUGACAGCUGCCCUGCGGGACAUCCGCACCCAGUAUGAGAGCAUCGCGGUCAAGAACCUGCAGGAGGCCGAGGAGUGGUACAAAUCCAAGGUACCUAAACUGGGUGCAGCUACAAGGGUGGUGUUAGGGGCUGGACCGGGGAGGAAUGUUGGGAGCUGCCCCCCCCUCUGUACCUUCCCGGGAAGAGGAGGACAGUAUAGAUUUAGAACAGCGGUUUGCAGAAGGGCAUAGUUCAGAGGCUGCAGAGGGGAGAAGCUGGGAAAUAUUGGGGGAGCAGCAGGAAGGAGAAGCACCGGGGGAGAGGCAGUUAACAAACUCAGUGUCUCUUGAAAGCAUUCCUGACCCCGCCCCCCCCAGGACCAGGUGUGCUGUGAGAGUAGGAGAACAGAAAGCACAGAUCAGCCGGCGCAGGGGUGACGUAGAAUAGGCGUGACUGAGGGGGUGGGACUUUACUUGGAGCAACACCAUUAUCUAAGAGAUGAUGAUGAUAAUAAUAAUAAUAAUAAUAAUAAUAAUAUAUUUAUACCUUGCCCAUCUGGCUGGGCUUCCCCAGCCACUCUGGGCGGCUUCCAAAAAAAUAUUAAAAUACCGUAAUACAUCAAACAUUAAAAGCUUCCCUAAACAGGGCUGCCUUCAGAUGUCUUCUAAAAGUCUGGUAGCAGUUGUUCUCUUUGACAUCUGGUGGGAGGGCGUUCCACAGGGAGGGCACCACUACCGAGAAGGCCCUCUGUCUGGUUCCCUGUAACUUGGCUUCUCGCAGUGAGGGAACGCCAAAAGGCCCUUGGCGCUGGACCUCAGUGUCCGGGCUGAUUGAUGAGGGUGGAGACGCUCCUUCAGGUAUACUGGACCGAGGCUGUUUAAGGCUUUAAAGGUCAGCACCAAUACUUUGAAUUGUGCUCGGAAACGUACUGGGAGCUGAUGUAGGUCUUUCAAGACUGGUGUUAUGUGGUCUCAGUGGCUGCUCCCAGUCACCAGUCUAGCUGCCGCAUUCUGGAUUAGUUGUAGUUUCCGGGUCACCUUCAAAGGUAGCCCCACGUAGAGCACAUUACAGUAGUCCAAGCGAGAGAUAACCAGAGCAUGCACCACUCUGGCAAGACCGUCUAUGAGCAGGUAGGGUCUCAGCCUGCGUACCAGAUGGAGCUGGUAAACAGCUGCCCUGGACACAUUCCUGCAUUCCUUCAUUUCUCUCUGUGAAUAUUGAAUAAAGUACUCGGUAAGAACUCAUGCUUCUUGGCAUCCCACCAUGGGAGGGAUAGGAUUCCCUGAAGCCUUGACAGGUGGGAGGGUGGGCUACAUAUCGAUGGAGAGCCUGUCCUGGCUGGGAAGGAUGGGAGCUUGAGUCCAUUGACAUCUGGAGACUCCAUAGGCUCCCCUUUCCUUGGAGUACAGUCUGGGACGGCCGGCUAUGACUACAGUGCCAUUUCAAAACACACACACAAACAGCUCGUUGUUGCUAGGAAUUAUAGAACUGGUUGGAAGGGACCCCAGGGGUCAUCUAGUCCAACCCCCUGCAAUGCAGGAAUCUCAGCUAAAGCAUCCAUGACAGAUGGCCACCCAACCUCUGCUUAGAAACCUCCAAGGAAGGAGAGCCCACAACUUCCUGAGGGAGACCGUUCCUUUGUGAACUGCUCUUACUGUCAGAAAGUUUUCCGGUAUGUUUAGUUGGAAUCUACUUUCUUGUACAGUGGAACCUCGGUUUUCGAAUGUAAUCCGUUCCGGAAGUCUGUUCGACUUCUGAAACGUUCGAAAACCAAGGAUCAAAGGGCUUAUCAGCAAGUUCAGUGAGGAAAAUUGAAAAACACGCCUCGGAAGCUGUUUGACUUCUGAGGCAUGUUCAAAAAUGGAAGCAUUCCGGGUUUUCGGCGUUUGGCUUCUGAAAUGUCCGGCAGCCGAGACGUUCGAAAACCGAGGUUUGACUGUAACUUGAAGUCAUUGGUUCGAGUCCUGCCCUCCUGAGCAGGAGACAACAAACCUGUUUCCUCUCCCAUGUGACAGCCCUUCAGAUAUUUGAAGAUGGCUAUCCUAUCUCUUCUCAGUCUCCUCUUUUCCAGGCUAAAGAUAUCCAUCUCCUUCAACCGCUCCUCAUAUGGCUUGGUUUCCAGACCCCCUGAUAGACUAGGAGAUAGACUAGGAAAUGGUCUUGGGGGCGGGUCUUUCCCUUCUCUCCACUGACUCCCCCAACCGCUUGCAGUUUGCUGACCUGUCAGACGCAGCCAACCGGAACCACGAAGCGCUUCGCCAGGCCAAGCAGGAGAUGAACGAAUCCCGGCGCCAGAUCCAGAGCCUCACCUGUGAAGUGGAUGGACUCAAAGGAACGGUCAGUAUGACGUCCUUCCUGUCCUCAGCCCCCUUUUCCUGUUCCUUGGGAGGCAGCAGCUGAGCAGCCUCCCAUCUUUGCAUAAUGUUUUGUAUUCUUGGGUGAGGAUUCAAGGCUUCAACCUGAGCGAAUGAUGCCGUUGGUGUCCUCUUCUGGCCUUUACGAGUUCACCAGGGAUUUCACUAGAUAUCAUUUCCAUCAUAUAUUUUCAAGUUUAUCUUCAAAACCAUAAAGGUUGAAAAACGAUAUAUGCUGUGUAAUUGAGCACAGAGGUUAUUGGAACUUCUGACUUCUCUUUGCACAGUGCCACAUUUUGCAGUGUGAUUGUGAUUGUGUAUGUAUACAUCCUAUACCCUUUUAAAAUGUGGCUCUUUUCUGGGGUUUGUGUGUGUGUGUUAUUGGGUUGUUGUAUUUAUUCUGAUUAUGUAUGUUGUGAUCUUUUCUGUGAACCACCCUGAGACCUCUGGGUAUAGGGCGGUAAAUAAACUCAAUACAGUUGUACCUUGGUUUUCGAACAGAAUGUGUUCCAGAAGUCUGUUCGACUUAAGAAACGUUCAGAAACCAAGGCGUGGCUUUCGAUUGGCUGCAGGAGCGUCCUGCAGCCAAUCAGAAGCUGUGGAAGCUGUGUCGGACGUUCGGCUUCCAAGGCAAAGUUUUCAAACCGGAACACCUACUUCCGGGUUUGUGACAUUUGACUGCCGAGUUGUUUGUGUGUGAACUAAGCUGUUCGAAAACCAAGGUGCGAAUGUAAAUAAUAAUAAUAAUAAUAAUAAUAAUAAUAAUAAUAAUAAUAGUGGGAUGCCUAUGCUCCAGAUUCUGUGUCCGUUUUCGCAGCUGGGAAAAAAAGAGCACAACCAUUUUCAGCCCUUGCCAGCCUUGCGCCCUGUUUCCAAGGCCUGGGAAGCUCAGAGUCCACAGUCUUGCCUGUUCUCACUCGGUUGAGAAUUAGGAGCAGGAUUUGGGAGUCGGUGUGGCUUCUGGGUAAGGUGUCCCUGAGACCUGCUUCCCUGCAUCCCCCAUGUAAGCCCCACUUGUGUUUUCCUCCACAGAACGAAGCUUUGCUGAGGCAGAUGAGAGACCUGGAGGACCAAUAUGGGGUGGAGAUGGGCUCGUACCAGGACACGGUGGCACGGCUAGAGCAGGAGAUUCAGCACAUGAAGGAAGAGAUGGCACGACACUUGCGGGAGUAUCAGGACCUCCUGAACGUCAAGAUGGCCCUUGACAUCGAGAUUGCCACCUACCGCAAGCUGCUGGAGGGGGAGGAGAGCAGGUGAGGACUCCCCUAUAGCUCUUUGCAUGGUUCGGCCCAUCUCACGGUGGGUCCAUCUCUGCCUUUGCAGGAUCAGAGGAGGAGAGCGGUUUUAAAGGAGCUCAUUGGUUUCUCAAGGUCUUUAUAUUUUAUUUUUGUAAAUAUGACAGAAGGAAAGAGAUGAGAGAGAAAACACCGCCAGCUGUCAUUAACAACACAAACAUCACAUGAUUUCUAAUUUAAAUGCCAAGAUUUAAAUAAGCAUACCAUAUGAGGGCAACUCCCCAAUCAUCACACAUGCUCCCACUGAGAUGCCCACCAUUUUCUUUCUUCUUUUUUGAUGCCAUUUUUAUUUGGUUUUACAAGUACAAAGCUAUACGCCAAGAAUAAAAAAACAUAUCCAUAUGUGGAGAUUCCUCUGAAUCUCAGGACUCCCUCCCCCUCCAUGGAGUCCCAUUUUAAACAUUUAUUACUGCAUAUUUUUCCAUACUCCAGCAUUUUUUUUAUCAAACCAUAUUGUCCAUGGUAAUCAUGACACUUCAAGUGCGAUCAAAAUCCUGCCAAUGUUUCCAUCUGCUUUCAGUGGUCUCUUAAAUAACUUAUAUGUUUUCCCCAUUCUUUUAUAAAGUUAUUGUCCUCUUGAUUUCUGAGUUUUCCAGUCAGUUUUUGCCAUCUUGAGAUGUGCACCAUUUUCAAUGCCCCAUUGGGGUGGAACAGGGGCAGAAUGGGGCAGGACAGAGGCGAACAGGGCACCGUAUUUUUCGCUCCAUAAGACACACUUUUCCCCUCUUAAAAUCUAAGGGGAAAUGUCUGUGCGUCUUAUGGAGCGAAUGUGUGGUUCCUGAGGCUGGGAGGGGGGACCCGGGCUUCCCCCACCAGCCCCGACAAGCUCCUGAGCAGCUCUGGGGUAGCCCGCGAAGCCUCCACAGGGCAGCAGGGAGCCUUGAUCUCGCUGCCCUGGGGAGGCUUUGUGCGGCUAUCCCUGGCUAUCUUUGUGCGGGAGGUGGGGGAAGGGACAGAGUGAGGCUCUCUCACUUCCCCCACCUCCCGCAAAAGCCCCCAAGAGAUGCAUAUUUUUUUUCUUGAAUUCUCCCCUCCAAAAGUAGGUGUGCCUUAUGGUCAGGUGUGCCUUAUGGAGCGAAAAAUAUGGUAAUUCCCCACUUGCGCAAGUGGGGAGACGUCUGUAUUUUAAGCCAUGCGUUUUAAAUGUAGAAAGGGCAGUGAGAUCUUCAGGCCACUGAGUAGUAGUGGAUUGCAGGAGUGGGUGGGUAUUUGUCCUUCCAGCCUUGCAGUAUAAGCCUCUCUGCCACCAUAAGUAUUUGCAGAAUCCCUUUUUGUUGUCCACCCAUUAGUUCCCACACCGCAGGAUAUCAUUUAAUAGUCACGAACUUCCACACAUGCCAAGGAUUUCUCAAAAACAAAGCUGGUAGAAACAUCAAUUCCUGAUCGGGAAGAAGGCACCACAUAUUAUGCCCCAGAGAGACGUUUAUUUAUAUAUAAUUUUCAUUGAAUUUUCUGUUUUACACUUUAGAACAGGCUUCCUCAACCUCGGCCCUCCAGAUGUUUUUGGCCUACAACUCCCAUGAUCCCUAGCUAGCAGGACCAGUGGUCAGGGAUGAUGGGAAUUGUAGUCUCAAAACAUCUGGAGGGUCAAGGCUGAGGAAGCCUGCUUUAGAAUAUUCAUUUAAACAACCUUGAAAUGUCUGUGACUUCCCUUUUUCUCUUUCCAUGGCUUAUUUGCAUAUCAUAAAUCCCUGCAUAUUUUACAUAAACUAAACCAUUCAGUAUUCCAUUACAAUGGAACCUGGGUCCUCGAAUGGCUUAGUUGAUGAACAAAUCGGCUCCCAAACGCCGAAAACCCACAAGUACCGGUAGGUUGUCUGGUUUUCAAACGUUUUUCAGAAGCCAAACAUUCAAUGUGGCUGUCAGCUAUUGUUUCUGGGGUGCCUGCGCCAAUUGGAAACUGCGCCUUUGCUUUUGAAUGUUUCGGGAGUCGAAUGGGCUUCUGGAACAGAUUAUGUUCAAGAACCAAGGUACCACUGUAUUACAUCCAAUGAGACUCGUUUACACUGUUGAAUUUACCUUAACGUUUCCAAGAAGCGUUUUCAGCAUCUCUCUGAACCAGCCACGUCCUUCCUGGGGGACUUCAUUGUAGAGCUCACUGUGGCUUGUUCCCUUCAGGAUUGCAGUGCCGGUUCAGUCCAUGGCCUCCUUCGGCUUCAAAACAACAGGUAAGCUUCUAUCUCCAAAUUUGGGAUACAUAAAAAAUGCAUCAUGUGUGCUUACGCACACUGCUGCACACAAACAUGGACUUUUGGAAGAGACCAUGUUCAUUGCUCUGACUUACACCCCUUUCCAGCUGUUGAGCUCCACCUCAUCUAAAGAUGGAUUUAUGGUUGACAUUUCUGGGAGCACACCAACUGAUUGCAAGAAUCUACCCUGGAGGAUCUUUCAGGAGCUCUGCCUACACUCGAGUAGGACCCUGGAAGAGACACAUGCCCAGCUGGCAUGUUCUCUCCCUCCUGGUCAAUCGUUCAGGAGCUUCAAAAGCUUUCUUCAGCCCAAACAUCACAGACACCGAUGCCAACCGACACCGGCACACUUAGGGAUCAGCAGAGUUUGUGCAUCAUGCGUAACAGACCUCAGCAACUCAGCAUUUUGGCUAAUCUAUUUACAUAUAAACACACACAGAGCACUGCAACAUGGCUCCCUCUCUCUCUAGCAUCAGACAGCAAAGAGAAUGAACAAAGGACAAUAGUCCCACUUCACGGAACACAGUAACACAAGCAUCCUGUUUCCGUCACUUCCCACUCUGUGGAGUCAAAACAUACACCGUCAUCAUGUGAUAGACAACAAUCCCAUGACUACAAUCACGGAGUAGGAAUUCUAACAUCAUCUUCCUCACCCACCACAGACGACACCUGAGCUUAGCUUUUAUUGCUGUUUUUCCUUGGGAACUGGCAGGAAUAAAUGACACCUCUCUCCUCCCUCCUUCCAAUCCCUUCUGAUUUCACCCAGCUUGGACUGGAGUAUUUUUUUUGGGGGGUGCUGGUGAUCCAGGGGGAGGUGCAUAUUGUAUUGAAACUGCCAUGCCCUCUCUUCUGAAUGCCCCCUCCCUUGUAGUUUCAGAGCCAGAGCCAACGGUGGAGAGCCACUCUAGGAAGACAGUGCUGAUCAAAACCAUCGAGACCCGGGAUGGAGAGGCAAGUUGUUUACCUUUCUUUCUCCCAAAUUGAGGAGGAGGAUAGAAGCGCCCAGACCUCAGUGUAGUCUUAAGCAGGAGAAAUUCUCUAUAGAGAGGACUGCAUCUAGGCCUAGAGCAAAGGGGAAGCAGGUUUGCCUGAUGUGAGUGUCUGGAGGCAGUUGGAGGAUGGAUGGCGGCUAACAGAUUGAGGUUGAAUCCUGACAAGACAGAAGUACCCUGGUCCUGAAUGGGGUAACUGUGCCCCUGAAGGACCAGGUGCGCAGCCUGGGAGUCAUUUUGGACUCACAGCUGUCCAUGGAGGCGCAGGUCAAUUCUGUGUCCAGGGCAGAUGUCUACCAGUUCCAUCUGGUACGCAGUGUAAUGGCUUGACUCUCCCACAGAAGCGAGACACCGGCAGUAAUUAUCUCAGGUUUAUUGCUCAAACACAUAAAUCACUCCGGAGCUCCUUCACUCUGUGUCUGACUCCAAGUUAGCAGUUGCCAGUCUAAACUCCGCCCCUUCCUCUUCUUCCAACAGUGGAAAAAACCCUUCCGCUUCUGUUCUUUUGCCCUCCUCUCAUUGACCUUUUCCCGCCUCCGAGUCUUUGGGCUAGCUAUUCCCAGCCUCUCCCCUUCUGUCUCUGAGCUAGUAUUGGUGUUUAGGGCUUUGCUAUCUUCUGCUUGUCUGCUCUCUGAAACACUGCCACUGGACUGCCCCUCCUCCUCCUCACAUUCCAGUCCGCAUUCCAAUGUCCUUAUCUCCCUCGGCUUGCUUAGAUUCCCAGCCUCUGUCAGCUCCGAUGACACGCAGGCUGAGACCCUACCUGCCCAUGGACUGUCUCGCCAGAGUGGUGCAUGCUCUGGUUAUCUCCCGCUUGGACUACUGCAAUGUGCUCCACGUGGGGCUACCUUUGACGGUGACCCAGAAACUACAACUAAUCCAGAAUUCUGCAGCUACACUGGUGACAGGGAAUGGCUGCCGAGACCAUAUAACACCGGUCCUGAAAGACCUACAUUGGCUCCCAGUACAUUUCCGAGCACAAUUCAAAGUGUUGGUGCUGACCUUUAAAGCCAUAAACGGCCUCGGCCCUGUAUACCUGAAGGAGUGUCUCCACCUCCAUCAUUCAGCCUGGACACUGAGGUCCAGCUCUGAGGGCCUUCUGGUGGUUCCCUCCCUGCGAGGUUACAGGGACCCAGACAGAGGGCCUUCUCGGUAGUGGCACCUGCCCUGUGGAACGCCCUCCCACCAGAUUUCAAGGAAAUAAACAACUAUCUGACUUUUAGAAGACAUCUGAAGGCAACCCUGUUUAGGGAAGUUUUUUAUGUUUGAUGUUUUAUCUCUUCUUCUUCUUCUUCUUCUUCUUCUUCUUCUUCUUCUUCUUCGCGGGUUUACUGCAGCUCAGGAGGCUCAAUCCUCUCCUGCAGUUGGGACCUUUCUCCAGGAGGAGACCCAAUGCUAUUGGCUCUAGACAAUUAUUAUGGAAUCAGUUUGGCCGGUCAAGAUUGUGUGGCUCUACAUGUGGGAAGUGUUAUAUGAGCACCCGACAUGUAGCUGUGUAGAGCUGAGACUGAAUUGCCUCUGCCCAGGGUUGUGUGCGUGUGUGUUUGGAGGGGAAGAAAUUCAACAAGGUACUCUAAGUUCUGGUCUCUGCGUAACAGGGAUCUGCAAGCUUUUUUUUGGGUGGGGUGGGGAGAAGUGGACACAACUGGAAUUCUGAGGAAGUGCUGCAGGUCCCAGUUCUGAAAUGCAUGUGGUGGGGGCACAACACGACACAAAAUGACUGUGCAGGGUGCGGCACAAUAGCUUCAGUGUAGGUGCAGAUGAGGCAGUGCAAAAAUGAACUCUGCAGGAAAUGCAAACAGUUUCUCAUGCAUAGGAGCCAACUCCUAGGGGCCUUGACCUCCACAGUAAAAUAUUUGAGGGGGCUGAUACCCCACAAAGUUGAUGGGCAUUCUCAAUUAAAUGGUGUGUGUGUGCCACGUCAUGUGAUCGAUUGUGUGGGGUGGGGCUUACCUGGCCCCCCACAAUAUUUUAUUCAGGUUGGCACCCAUUCUCUUGUGUGUUGUGGAUUUGGGGUGGGAGACAGAAACAUGGAUUUGGGGUGGCAAGUAGUGCAAAUUUACAUAUAUUAGCAUAAACUUUUUUCUCUUUACAUCAGCCACGGGGAGAGGCAGAGCGGUAUACAAGAGACUGAAGUCUCCCCACUAACGCCAAGAAAUCCCACCCAGCCUCCUCCCUCCAGCUUUUAACUCACAACUGCUCAAACCAUGGCUGACCAUCUUGAGGCCUAGAAACAUUUUUUGUUGGUUUAAACAACAACAAAAUGAACCCUAUCCCAAAUGUAGCACUCAGGUGUGUUCCUUGCAAGGAACUGUGGAAUGCCCUGUCUAUGAUCCUGUGAGUGUCGCCUAUUCCACGCUCAGCAAUAUACCUAUCAGACGGUCUUGCCUUUCCCUCUCGGCUCUGACCUGUUUUCUAUCGGUUUUUUGCAUUUUGUCUCCUGCAGGUGGUGACUGAAUCGAGGAAAGAGCAGAGAGCUGAGAUAGAGAAGUGAUUUGGGGAGCCCCAGGCACCUCCUCCCUCCUUCCCCCCACCCCCAAUGCCGUGGAGACGGGCACUCAGCUAUCCAAUGUCCAGAAGUCCCAGCAGCAGACCCCCCCCAAGCCGCACUGGCCUUAUUUAUGAUGAUGGUGAAUGAUACCUCUGACCUCCGACCGCCUUCCCCCACUGUACCAGGCUUCCCCAGCCAGCCCUGCUCCUUCAAUGUGCACUUCUAGCCUUCCUGGGGGGCAGCCUGGUUGCGACCCCAGCAAUAACCACACACGGGCUGGAGAGCGGGGAGUUUAUCCAUCCCCGCUUUCCUCUUCCAGCUGCCUCCUACCUCUCUUAACCACACAGUCUCUCGCCUUGCCCGUUCCAGCCAGUGUUGUCGUGAAAGAAGAGGAGCGUUGCCUUUCUACAGGGCGUCGGGCGUUAAUCCAUGAAAGCCCAGGCUAGGCUGGCACAGAUCUGCCAGUUGUGUGUAGAGCCUAACCCUGGUGGCGAUUGAGAGAUCAAGUCUGUAGGCCAGACACCCCCAAACUCGGCCUUCCAGAUGUUUUGGGAUGACACUUCCCAUCAUCCCUGACCCCUGGUCCUGUUAGCUAGGGAUGAUGGGAGUUGUAGUCCCAAAACAGCUGGAGGGCCGAGUUUGGGGGUGCCUGCCAUAAAGCAUUCAUGGCUUUGCAGCUGGUAAGCUUUUCACAUCUGGCAAGUUGAGUCAGCCUAGAAACACCAAAGAGGACCAAAUGUUUGGUCGCAGUCCGUUGUUUACUGCCCACCCCGGUUGGCCUUGAUACUGAUUCUGCGUACCGGCCACUGAGACCAAAACAGCCGCUUUCAGGGAUUCUCAUGAAUGAGAAUCUCCUUAAUCAAGAAUGUAAGUGUGAGCUGGUGUAGCAUAUUGGCUAAGAAAGUGAGCUAUGUUAAUGGAGCAGUCCCCGGUUCAAACCCCACCUCUGCCAUGAACUCGCUAGGUAGCCUUAGGCAAAGUUGUUCUCUCUAAGCCUCAGUGUUUUCCCUCCCCAUCUGCAGUAUGGGAAGAUAAUGCUACUGACUAAGCACAUCACGUGAAUUAUCUCAUUGCAAUUCUUACAGCAGCCCUCUAAGUCAAGAAUUACAAUGAGCUAAUUCACGUGAUAUGCUUAGAGCAUCUGAAAGCACUAUACAAAUUCCAUUUCUCAUUAUUUUGUCCUCCAAAUCUUCAGACGUGUACCCAAGCUAGAAAACAGAAUUACAUUUUUUUUGAGAAAUCAGAUUUUGCAGGAGGCUCUUUAAAAAAGCUUUCCCCCCACCCUGGCUUUUAUGGGGUUUCGUUUAUCAUAAGGGUCCUAGUGACAAUCUUAACAGGCAAUCCUCUAACUGUUUACUCAGAAGUAAAUCCCACAGCCUUAAAGCGAUAUUUCCUUGCCUCUUCUUUAGAGGCAAUCCAUAGGGUUAAAUUAAAUUAAUUUUCUCCAAUCAGCCAAAAUGUGGUCCUUGAGAAAGACAACUUUUCAAAGGCUGAACUUCUUACGGGCUGAUUUGUGUCCUCCCGCCACCCCCAGGUAUUGGACUUUUUCAGCCCUAUCCAGCAGGGCAAAGGAUUGUGGGAGUUGUAGUCCAACAGCAUUAGGCAGGCCAUAGCUACAAUAGCAAUCCCCUAGGGUGACCUCCCACACAGUCUUGCUCUCCUUUGCUUCCUUUCUUAUCUUCUUGUGCAACCCCCUGCCUGCACUUUCUGCAACUUCCACAAGGGAUGGUUCUGGUCUUAUCAGGCAAGAACACAGCUGGACUUCCCCAUCAUCUGUAUCACAUACAGGUUAGUCCCAUAGGCGUGAAGAAGGCAGCUGAACAAAGAGUCCUUGGAAUACAGGGAAACACCUAGGCGUGGCUUUUUAGUACAAUCUGAGCUAACACGGUUAAAAUAACUAGUCGUACCUCGGAAGUCGAAUGGAAUCCGUUCCGGAAAUCCAUUCGAUGUUUGGAAACCAAGGCGUGGCUUCCGAUUGGCUGCAGGAAACUCCUGCAGCCAAUCGGAAUCCGCAUUGGACAUUCGGGUUCCAAAGAACGUUCACAAACAGGAACACUCACUUCCGGGUUUGCGGCGUUCGGGAGCCAAAACGUUUGAGUUGCAAGGCAUUCAUCAACCAAGGUAUGCCUGUGAUAUCUAAUAAACGGGGGGGAAACACACACAUCCAUCCAUCCAUCACAAUUCCUUGACAUGAAUAAGUUUUGAUUAGGUAAUGCUAAUCCAUGGGUGUCUGUAGGAAUGGAGCAAAGCGGAAUUGCUGCCACCCCGAACAAUAAUUCUGAUUCCCAGCUUUCUUUCUUUCUUUCUUUCUUUCAAAAAAGAGCAAAUUUUUAGCAUGAGAGAUAAAAGGCAAAAUGUGCACUUUUUCCCUUCUUGUUUUGGGUGACAAAGUAGCCUGAUCCACUUUUGAAGGGGGUUUUACUCCCUCCGAAAACAUCAUUUUUUCCUGCAGAUGCCCCAUCGAAACAUGAUAUACAGUGGUGCCUCGCAAGACGAAUGCCUCGCAAGACGGAAAACCCGCUAGACGAAAGGGCUUUCCGUUUUGGAGGUGCUUCGCAAAACGAAUUUCCUAUGGGCUUGCUUCGCAUGACGAAAAUGUCUUGCGAGUUCCUGCGGGGUUUUUUCCCUUUCCCCCCCCUUUUCCCCAAGCCGCUAAGCCGCUUAUCAGCUGAUCCGCUAAGCCGCUAAACAGCUGAUCCGUUAAGCCACUAAGCCGCUUAUCAGCUGAUCCGCUAAGCCGCUUAACAGCUGAUCUGUUGAGCCACUAAGCCGCUUAUCAGCUGAUCCGCUAAGCCCGCUAAGCCGCUAAUAGCGCUAAUCCGCUAAACCGCUAAUGGGCUUGCUUCGCAAGACGAAAAAACCGCAAGACGAAGAGACUCGCGGAACGGAUUCUUUUCGUCUUGCGAGGCACCACUGUAUAAUGACCUGAACGGUUCUCCUCCUGGAGAACAGUGGCUUCUCAACUUUUCUUCCCUUAAAUCCAGCUUUCUCAUAGCUGCACACAUACUCAGAUUUCUUUGACAUCCUGUCUUUCCACUUCAGCUCUCUGUCACCUGAUCUUUCCCCCUUCUUUCUCUCGUUUUCCCUUAACAUUUCAUACCCUCCAAUCCAGAACUGACUCACCCCCUGUGGACCAUUUUGACAGGUGGGUGGGACUGCCCAUCUGUCAAUCACCUGAUGUCAUAUGACUCAAAGUUGAUGAUGCAUCAGCAGGCAGAAGCUCAUCUCUGAUCUUAGUGCUGUAGUCCCACAGCACUAGGACCAGAGAUAAUAAGAAAAAUGCUUUUCUGCUUUUCUCUCUCUUCAGUUUAAUGUUACCCUAUCACAUGAAUAAAAUGCUUACCACCUUGUAAGUAAUACUUUUAUGAUUCAUUUGUCUGGGCAGCUAUUCUGAAAAUAAUACACACAGGAAAAUGUGGCUUCUCAUGACACACUUUGGGCUUAGCUGUUAGAGGGGUGCAAUGCGACAGACUCAACCACCAAGGCAGUAUAAUGCGAGGCCACAGCAGCUUUUUGGGUUGGAUCCUGUCAAUUGUAUCUGUCCAUCCUGCUACAGGGGUCCUAGCACUUGAAUCUAUUUGUUGCCUUUGAGUACAAAUAAUUAUGGCAGAGGCAUUUAGUGUUUUGUAAGCAUCUAGCUGACAAAAAGUGUUUCAUUAUUUACUCUUGAUUGCAAGAAAUCUGACAUUUCAGGACUGAGGUUGUCACUGAAGGUUCAAAAUAAAGAAGAGUACUCAUUUAUAGUAGCCAUGACACCCAUUUUCUCCCUACACCCCCUUCCUUUGGGACACCAAUCAGGGAUUUUUUUCCUUUUGUUUUAGAUCCAGUCUUAUAAUAGUCAUGACGUCCAGGAACAUUUGCAAAUAUGCUCUGGUUUUAAAAUUCUCAGUUGGAGAAAACAGCAAAAGGACUUUCGGACCUAAAAGCCUGCAAUCCCAUGCAGUCUGGCAUGUAUCCAAUUUGGUAUAGGGCUGGGCUGUAUUAUAAGAAUUUCUUUGGGAUUAGUCGCUUAUACGAUGCUGCUGUCACGUUACUGAGUUCUGCAGCUUGAUAACCAUUUCAGCCUUGCUUGCAUCUCUUCCUUAUCAUCCCUUUUUGAUAAUAGGCUUUGAAAACAGGGACCCCCUUUUUGGGUUUUGGUGCUGAUUUUCCCUCUUUUUGAUAGCCAUGUUGCCUGUUUCCCAUAUUCCUACUCAGACCUGGUAAGAAUUCAUGGUGCUAAUUCCACCAUGCUAAUAGCACUCUUCAUGAACAACCCAAACUUGCUCCUCUCUGCCUCUUUCUCCCCCACUAUUUUAUGCCGGUUCCCCAGUAACUCCACUAUUUUGUGCUCUUUCCCAGCAUGCGCACAUACAACUGGCUUUCCAGAACAUCCUUCCCUUACAACUUGGCUUGCCUCACUGAUGUCUAGCUUGAGAAAUAAUGAUGUAGUAUCAACCCCACGGGACAAUUCCUUGUCUCCCACACUCCUACGAAGAAACAGGGUACAUGGAGACUCUUAUGAAUGGUUGCAGUAGACCUCUGUUUCUGGUGCUUCUUGAUCUCCCCUGACUAGUGACAGUUAUCUGAUGACAAGUGGCCAUUGUGUGAAAUGGGCCAUGUACUGCUUCCAACCAGCCAAUAAACAACAUACUGAGAAGUC